UCGGAAGCAAGAAACUGCAAGCAUGUGUCCUCUGGAGUUUGUUUGUAUCUCCAAUCUUAUGUGAACCGUCUUAACUCUGCUCCACAAUGAACCGCUGUAGAAGAAUAUCUUGUAGUGACAUUAAAUCCGGUCUGACCAUCGCUUUCUCUCGGAUCAAACCGCCGACAAACUGCCGCAGGUGUCCGGAGGCAGCGCGGUUCCUCAGCCGGAGCCAUGCCACUGCUGCUAAACCGGCUACAGGCUCCGACACGGAGGAGAAACCCCGGCUGAGGGCCAUCGACCUGGCGCAGAAGGUCCAGCAGGAGAAGUCGAAGUCCCCGGCGGCAGAAGAGCCUCCGCUGUCGGGCCAGCAGAAGAGGGUGAUGGAGCUGAAACGGUUCAGUCUGCAGCUACAAAAUGUUCACCCUAACGUGCUCGCCAAGCACCUCCACAAAAGCGUGCUGUACCAGGAUAAAGAUGUAGUUGUCAUCAACAAACCUUAUGGCGUUCCUGUCAGAGAUGACAGUGGGGCCACGUCCAUCUCCUCUGUGCUUCCUGUUCUCUCCAAAAUGAUGGAAGGGAUGAAGGUCAAGUCUGAGUCUCAGCUGCUCCCUUGUCUGAGGCUGGAGAAGGAAACAACAGGAGCUUUCCUGCUGGCCAGGAGUGAAAAAGUAGUGGAGCACAUACUCGACCUUCACAGAAAUAACCAAGUGCAGAGAAAGUACUGGGUCAUCACAGUCGGUGUACCCGUUCCAUCACAAGGAGUGAUCGACAUCCCCAUCAUAGAGAGAGAGGUCACGGGCCCUCGGCCACACUACAAGAUGGCUCUCAGUCCUCUUUUCAGAAUGAAUGAUGCUGGCGACGGUGUGACCAAAGUCCGUGCCCAUCGGCAGGCACAUGCUGCAGUGACCAAGUACAGAGUGUUGGACAGCAGCAGUGGUUGCAGCCUCGUGGAGCUCCAGGCUUUUACUGUAGGGAAGCACCAGAUGAGGGUUCACAUGGCACUUGCUCUGACGUGCCCCAUUCUUGGUGACCACAAAUAUUCCCACUCAAGCAAACUGGCACCCCAGAAAUUACCAGAACGUGUGCUGGGAAAGCUUGGACUGGAACAGAGCAAGAUCCGGUACCUUCCUCUUCAUGUGCAUGCGCGACAGCUGACGCUGCCAGGAACCAAUGGAGCCGACAUAAGCGUGUCCUGUCCCCUACCAAAGUACUUCACACAAACAUUGAAUCGACUGCAUUUAACUCUUCCUGAUGAAAAGGACUAUUAAUAACCACUUCGGCAAUCCAAGUGAUGUCUAAAUGUAUUGGACAUCAGCUGUGAAGGAUGUCAGCCUGCAACGUGGGGAAAAGUGUAUCAUGUGUGCCAUUUGAGUUAAAUGGGAAAUAAAAUGAUAAAGUGCUGCAGUCCUGAAACAUUAACAUUAUUGCCCUUCCGGUUCUUUCGUUUCAAAGUCCAUUUUUUUUUUUUGUUCAUGGAUUUUUGGUUGGAUGCCUUAAAAGAUCUGUGUUUGGGGAGUAAGCUGUAGGUAGGUGUCGUCACUGCCAAGAUGGCGAUGGCCAAAACCACCAACUUUCCGCUUCUAAAUAGCUCUUCAGAAACCUAUUGGUGGUGUCAUGGAAAAUAACCAUGUUUUAUACAGUCUGUGGUUUUCACAUGUAGUCAUUUAAGACGAUCAAACCUUUCAUCAUUUGUGUAGCGCUCCCUGAGGAGCUUUUCUAACCACAUUCAUGAAUGACAUGUCAGCUCGAUAUGUUUUUAUGGUGUACAUCCAAUUAAACUGCUAUAAUCAUGACAUAUUUACAAGUGCAAACAGCCAGCAGCAAAUUAUAUCAGAACAUUCUCUUAUAUGUCACUCUUUAUUUGUAUAGUACCUUUCGUGCAAACAUCUGUAGUUCUUCACAUAAAAAAAAAAUAUAUAUAAUCUGUAAUGUUGGACCAUAAACAAACUACACCACAGUCGCAUGUCCUCAGCGUCACCACCUCUAAGCUAAAGGCGGAGUAGUGUUUGGCGUGAUGACGUUUAGUAUAGUCUCAUUUAGUUACUUUUUAGCAACGGACCUUUUAAGACUCUCGAAAGCUUAAAAAUGCAAGAGUGGAAUAUUUACUGACGUACUUUAAAUCUUUCCACAGGAGCUGCUCUUUGUAUCAAAUGGACAUUUUGUUAUUUUCCCCCAUUAGUGCCUUUGCAUAAUUUCCAAAAAGCACAGGUGUGUUGCCUCCCUCUCUUGAACAAAUGUUUGGGUUGGUGCGAGAGACGUUUUUUGCCACUUGAAUGACCCUCUGUCUUGAAAGGCCAUGCUGGCCAGGAUAACUUCAGGCCCCUGAUGCUUCACAGACUCCACAAUUGUUGGAACAGAACGCUUUGCCAAGAUGUAUGUUCCUCUUCUGGCUUAGAUGAGAGAAGCCAAGUCCUGAGUACCUCCAGUCUGUCCCUCAGCCAGCCGUGAUGGUUAGCAGCUGACUUUCUACAAUCUCAGAACAAGGAAGGAAAUAUUAAAAAGCCUUUAUUAUAGUUGCUAAAUCUUUAAAAGAGUCAACAUGUAAACACUGUAGGUCUUUGUUAUUUAAAAAAAACUAACAAAACUGGUGUGGCCACACUUAUUUAGUAUGAACACCCAAUGGGAGGCAAUCACAUGACUUGGAUAAUCACAUGACGGGUGAAACAGGUUGAAAAUAAUGAGAUGAGAUAGUACAGAAACAGAUAGAUACCCAUGGGUUCUUUUUAACAUAGACUAAGAAAAACAUCUAUAUAGAGAAACAAUUUAAAAAAAUUUUUUUUACAGAAAACAUGAAGUCUAUGUCCUCAUGACCAGGAUACUGAAACGCAUCCUGUGGAUGAAUCCAUAUAGUGAGAGGCAUUAUCAGCACAAUGAACUUUAAUAUACUUAACUCUGUUCAAGUUGUUGCUUUCAAUGCUAAUAUUCAAAUCUGAAUCUUGAAUUUUAAAAUUUCAAAAUAUAUGAAAAAUCUUAUUUUGUAUAUGCAGGUUAUAACAACUUUUACAUUUAGUUUGGAGUGAGAUUCGGUGUCUGUGAAGUUGGUGUAUUUCAUCAGUAGGCGUUCUCUGAUAUGACCCACCGCAAGAGUCGGGGUCAUCAAUCCUCAUCCCCCAGGAAUUUUAAAUCAUUUAUCGAUAAAAAAACAAGUUGAUACUCAUGGUCAAUGACGAACAUGUUUGGUUGAUCCAACCUCCAGACAUCAGAACCUCCAUGAUGCUGAUUAAUCACCCCGACUUCAGUUAACAAGUGGAAACCGUCGUGUUGUGAAAACGUCCAUAAAUGUAGCAUCCUGCUGAAUGGCCAUCUGGCUCUCAAUCAGCCAAGUUCCCUUUUUGUCAGUGUGACGACCCUGUCUGCCUGUGUGGCUGCUUUCCUUGCAGGUGUGGCAGAGGAUCGUCAGGCAGAGUGGGGACACCUGAGGCAAUUAACAACACUAGCCCUGUGUGCCAGUGCACCCUUUAUAAAAACCCUCUGGAUCCUCAGUUGGGCUGGC